AUGAGUACACGAGGCGAAGGAGCCGGUCAGCCUUCCACUUCCACCCAGGGACAACCUGCCGCCCCAGCGCCUCAGAAGAGAGGACGAGGUCGACCCAGGAAGCAGCAACAAGAGCCAACAGGUGAGCCCUCUCCUAAAAGGCCCAGAGGAAGACCUAAAGGAAGCAAAAACAAGAGUCCCUCAAAAGCUGCCCAAAAGAAAGCAGAAGCCACUGGAGAAAAACGACCAAGAGGCCGACCCAGGAAAUGGAAUGCAGUGAAUGAAACUGCAUUAAAGUCAUUAACAGGUCUGUCUGGGUGGAAUGGCAAAGAUUUCACAAUUCAAGGCUCUCCCAGAUCUACAGUUGUUCCUGGAAAUCUCGGUCAACAGUCCAUGUCCCCGUUUCCUUUUGCCACAAAGACGCGAAACCUCCUUUUUCAGAUGUAG